AUGGAUUCUUCAUUCCCCCCAAAACUUUCCUCCAGCACUGCCCCUCCCUACAACUCUUCUUCUUCUACUUCUACUUCCUUUCCCACCACAACCAACUCCAUUCAUUAUUCUCAACCAAAACACUUCUUCUCUAAAAAAUCAAAUACUCUUCCUAUAGAAGUCGGUUCUCACUCUCAAGAAGAUUGGUUGAAUUCUCAAAAUACCAAUAGAGAUUUUCACUCCCAAGUUUCUUCCUCUCGCCAAGAUUCUUUCAUCUCCCAAGAAUCUAAUAACGAAAAUCUUUCAAAUUCAAAUUCAAAUUCAAAUUCAAAUAGAAACUCAGUAGCUGAAAUCUCUUUCUCAUCAUCAAACCCUCGUGCUGACGAUUCGGAUACACAGAAAUCUCGUAAAAACAGUAACCGCCGCUCAUUUCUAUUUCACAGACGCGUUAGUAGCACUCGCUCUACAAAUUCGGUUUCAACUACUUCUUCUGUCUCCUCUGCCUCAGAUACAAACCCUGCCCCGAAUUCAAACUCAUCACCAUCAUCUCUCUCACAUAUUCCAACAAACUCAGAAUUUAAUUCAAACUCACCUUACAAAGAUUCUUACGGUUCUCUUUCUAUUGCACCUGACCGAACCCCUCACUCUUCCAAUAGAGGCCCUAUAGACAGAAUAAACUCAGUUAGUGCAAGAGCUUCUACUUUACCUGAAACACAAAUCAACUCUUCUCUUCAGUCCCGCUCUUCUUCUAAUUCAUCUAAACCUAAUAACAAGAAAAAUCGCUUUUCUAUUUCUAUUUCACGUCGUACAUCUCUCCUCGCAUCAAACAAAGAAGUUACAGCAUCUCCCAUUUCUUCUUCUUCUUCUUCUUUUUCUUCUCUGGAAGAUAACACCCCCAUAACUAGUACAAUCAAUAACAACAACUAUAACAAUAGAAUGAGCUCAAUAGUUCAAGCAACCGUCGACUCUGUUCCGGAUCCAAAAGCCAUUUCCCCCACGGCUUCUCAGGCGUCUCUCUCCAAACUUUUUAACUUUGCUAAAAGUGUCCCCGCAGAAAUGAUGCCCAUUCUCACACUGUUACACACUCAAAAACAACGGACUUAUUAUGAAGGUUAUUUUAUGAUUCUCAACGACUUAAACUCAGAUGGAAAACCCGCAGCGGAACGCAAAUGGGUCGAGGUCUUUGGAAAACUUACCGGCACUGUUUUGGCAAUUUGGGACGCUGAUAGCCUCGAACGGGUUUCUUCCGGGACUCAAAUAGUUGCCGAACCCGAACCAACAUAUAUCAACAUUACUGACUCUACCUUCAAGUCAAUCGAGUCUCUUCCUUCUCCUAGCGGCAAUCUCUCGGACGUUAUUGUCUUAUCAACAACUCUUAAAAACCGUUAUCUUCUCCAAUUCGCCAAUUCGUCACUUCUCCAAGACUGGACCGCGGCUUUCCGCUUGGCUCUCUUUGAAUACACUAGCCUCCAAGAAGCAUAUACUGGUGCCUUGCUUUCUGCAAAGGGCUCCAAACUCAAUGGUAUCCGCACUCUUCUUCAAGAAACCAAGUUCCACCACGAGGAUUGGGUCUCCGUUCGCUUCGGCGCCGGCAUGCCGUGGAAAAAGUUUUGGACUGUUGUCACCCCUCCCACCAUUAAGAAAAAGAAAGGAAUGCCUCCACCAGGUACUAUUUCCUUUUAUGAUGACAAGAAGAAGAUGAAAAAACCCCCCGUGGCUGUUAUUUCCGGAGCUUAUGCCACAUAUGCUGUUUACCCACAAAACUCUGUUUUGGUUGAUGGUUCCACCCUUAUUAAAGUUGAAGGCAAGGUCGCUUUCCAUGAUGUUGAUGGUGAAAAAGAUGCCGCUGUUUUCUUAAUGCCCGAGCAGCAUCCCGGUGUUCCAGGCUUUGAAACUCUUAUUCGUUUCCUUAUUCCUGUUCUCGACGUUUUCCGUCUUUAUGGCAGACCCAAGCGCCUUAAUGCUGACAAGGCUGAUAUGCGCUCUUUACUCUUUGGUAUGCCAACACUGCCUUACACACAGUACCUUGAGCUUAAAGAUGUUCAAACCCUGGUUGCUACCGCCCAAAACUCUGUUUCUUGGACCGCUUUUGACUGGACCCUCCACAUUAAGGAACUUUUGGCUCAGCGCCUAGCUGACGGAUAUAAAGGCUGUGGCCAAGUCGCCCGAUCAAACAGUUCACUUAACUCUGGUUCAAGUCGUUCUCGUUCUGUUGCAGCACCUGGUCCCACUCCCCUUAGCAAUUCCACUAACGCAUCUGAUAUUGAACAACAAAAACCUUCUACUCCUCAACCAUUGGGUGCCUCCUCCUCCUCUAACUCACCUUCUACAAACAACUAUGGCCAACCACGUCAACAACCUCAAGGUUAUCCAGGUGCUCCCCCAGAUUUUGAAGCCACGGCUUCUCCCAAGCCUACAGGACCUUCUGCUGCUGCCGUCAAUUCUUUUGCUUCUGCUUCUGCUUCUGCUGCUGCGGCCACGUCAGCACCUCCAACCUCGAUGACGUCGACCUUACCCGCCAACAAUGCUUCUAUUGGAAACGGUGACCUAAUUCCUCCUGCUAGUUACAGACUGACGCCUACAACUUCAAACGGCUCGACAAAGUCGUCAACUGGCUCGUUAAUUACAAAUAAUAUGACCCCACGCAGUCCCAACUUUUCACGCCCACCUUAUAUGCAGGGUAACGGCAGCCCAGCGAGUGGUGCUAAUGGCAGUGCUACAAGACUGGUUGAUAAUGUGUCCAAUUAUUCUUCCCAUAGUGCUACCUACUUGCCAUACUCUACGCCUGGCUCAGGUAGCCCUGCAAGCUCUAAUGCUGCUUUGGAAACUUCUAGACAGAACCUUUAUGCAGCCGUUAAUGCUGAAAGUGAUUUGGUGACUCGCGGUGGACCCACUGUUGUUGCUGCAAGCUCGGGAAUGGUGGUUCAACAGCCUAAGCCACAACAUGCCCAAUCUGCUCAUGAUCAUCAUCAGCAGCAGUUUAACCAACCUCCUCAACAGCCUUAUCUUAGACAGCAAGGAUCUCAAGGUUCUUUGAAGCAAGCUGCGGCAUUGCAACAGCCUCCUCAACAGCCAUACCUCAGACAGCAAGGAUCUCAGGGUUCUUUAAAGCAACAAUAUCGUCAAGGGCCCCCUCCUCCUCAACAAAAACAACAACAACAACAACAACAGCAGCAGCAACAACAGCAGCAGCAACAACAGCAGCAGCAACAGCAACAACAAUACCACCAGGGACCUAUCUCUCAACAGUACCGUCAGGGACCUCCCCAACAGCAACAGCAACAGCAACAGCAACAGUACCGCCAGGGCCCUCCUCCUCCUCAACAACAACAACAACAACAACAACAACAGCAGUACCGCCAAGGGCCUCCCCCACAACAACAAUACCCCAGACCUCAGGGACACUCCCAGGGUCCAGUUGCUCCUAUUGCCCCACAGACUAAUCCUUACCAGCAACAGCCACAGCCACAGCCACAGCAACAAUACCGUCAAGCAGCUCCACAACCACGACAACAGUUCCCGCAAACCAAUCUUCCUCCUUUCCAGCUGCAGCAGCAGCAGCAGCAGCAGCAGCCUCAAUUACAAGCACUUAAUAAGGGUAAUGCGUCUGUUCCUAAUGCUCUGAGGGUGCCAUUACCUGGUAAUAAGGGGAUGCCUACAUCUUCUGCAGGUAAUGGUAGCGGUGUGCAGGGUCCACGGCCACAAGCGUCUCAGGGACCCAACUACUUUGAUCCGAUGGUGACUAUGCAUCAAUCUAUGGGAGGAUAUGCUCAUGCUCGUCCUCAGGGUCAGCCUACGCAGGGUCAGGGACAGAGCCAGUACUCUUCAUUACUUUAG